CUUCACCAGAAAUCUGUCUCGUAAGGGGCGGGGCACAGGUGAGAAAGGCGAAGAUGCGGAAGUGGUGAAAAGUGGAAGAUAAAACUGAGAGGUGUUUUAUGCUUGAAGAGUCGCAGAAACAGCAAUCCCACCAUGGGCCUCUGUGAUGGCCUGUCCCACUGUAAACUGGCACUGGCCUUUGCUGUGGUAAUGGACCUACUGGGUGGAGCCGCCCUGCUGGUGGGAGUCUUCGCUCACUUGGAGAUCAAUGGAAAGGACUUUGGAGACUUUCUGGUCUAUAGCGGAGCCCUGUUGGUGGUGAUGUCUCUGGCUGGAUGGGUGCUGUGGUACAGCGGGAACAUCGAGGGCCUGACGCAGCAGAAGGAGCUGGGACACAUCGGCAACGCCGUCGACCGAAUCGCUCGCACCCUCAGCAGGAAGAUCCGCUCGUACCGCAGCUACCACUGAGGUGUGGAAAGGAAAUAAACAUAUAUUUACUUUGUAUUUAAUAAGCAUUUCAUCAAGCUUUGGUCAUCAUUAACAUGUCCAGUUUUUGUUUCUAGAAAAACAAAAAUAAUGGAUUAAAAAAGUGUUUGAAAGAAAAUGAUUUCAGCUCCAGAUGUUUACCUCCAGUUUUUUUACUAAGUGUUGUUAUUGUUUGUUUACUAACAGUGUUUGUAUAUUUUUAUAUCUGUAAUAAUUUGCUGCAUUUCAAUAAAACAUGUUUUUAAACGAG